CAUAUGAGAAAAGUCUAUCGACGAGAACGGACGUACUUUUUGUGUCGCUCGGUCUCUAAAACAUUUUUUUUCAACGUUAGUACACGCGCAAUUUUUGAAAAAGGUUAACACACACAUCCAGUGAAGAAAUACAGUGUAUGUUAAAAGAGACGUUACAAAGUUUUUCAAGUAAAAAAGUGAACGAACAAAAAGGAACCCAGAAAAGUGUAGUGUGAAUUACCAACAUAUCACUUUUGGAUUAUUAUCGAUAUUUUUUCAAUGGAUUUUAUAGAGACUUGUGCAACAAAAGUUGGAAUCUAUCUUACAAAGAGUUGGUGAUAGUUUUUGUGCAAAAAAAAGAAUAAAAAAAAGUUCGCUUGGGAAUACAUCAAAGGACGAGAAUAUUGAAAAGAUUGGAAAUAUUGUGAAAAGUUGAAGAAAAAGACAGUUUUAAUUAAUCUAUUUCGAUCAAACGGAACAAUUGAACAAACGGAUAAAAUAAAAAAAAAAAACAUUCCCUGGAGAAAAUCCAAAGAAACUAAAGUGAAGCUUUGAAAAACAUUAAAAGUGAAAUUCCCCAAUUGCAUUUAUUAUGGGAUUAAUUUGACUUUCGACAUCAUCGGAGAAUAGAAUUGGAUCCAAAAAUCAUAUCUCAUCAGCCAUUUGUCAGCUUCAUCUGCUAAAGUCAUCGUGAUUCAGUCAACAUGUUGAAGUGGACCAAACGUGCCGAACCGGGUGGUUCUGGUGACGCAGGUUCAAAAUUAUCUACACUACUCUUGGCCCCCCAGCCGAAUACAAAUCAGAGAUUACAUGCGCGACGUUCAUUAGGUAAUCUGUCACGUCCAGCGCGAACAGCGAAUCGUGAACGUCAACGAAAAUCGCUCGGUUCAUCUGAGCUUAGUAAACGAAUUCAAAAUCGUGAUAAAGAAAAUCAAGUAGUAUUAACACCUCAUCCGAAUGGAUUUCGUCAAAAUAUCACCAGCACUCCAGUCAUAGCAUUUGGUUCAAAAUUAGAUUAUGCAUUGCGUGAUGUACGAAAUAUCACACCAAAACACAAUUCAAAUUCAAUAUCAGCGCUGAUAAAUGCGAUGACACCCAGCCGAAAACGGCCGUUAGCAAAAACACCGCCUGAUUCACCAAAAGUUGACCGGGUCAUUUGUUCAUCGCCCAAAGAAUCAGCCCUAGCAUCAAAUCCUGCAUCCGUAAUGUUAGCACAACAGACACCGUACGCAUCGACGUUGCCAACAUUUGAUGUGGAAUAUUCGCCGUGCGGAGCCACACAACCAAUUCUACCAAAUCCAAUGAACAGCAUCACCGUCACCACAGACUCAUUUUUCAAUCAACCGCGAUAUUUUCAGGAACCAUUGCCGGCAUCAAAGCGACUGAAAUUCUCACCCGGUGGCAUGACACCACAUCUCACCGAAUUACGAUUCAGUAAAUUGAAAUUCGGUUCGAAACGAUCCACUGCUCCAUCCGUGGGUAAAAAGAGCGAAAAAACGACUGUGAAAGAAGUUGAAUUGGUUGGCGUGGAGAGUGGCAAUAAUAAUAACAAUGAUAAUAAUAAAAAUCAGAAUGAAUGCAUUACAAACGAUGCAAAUUUAAUGAAAAAACCAAUGACACCGACCAAAUUGAUUGCAUCAAAAAUCCCAUCGACCGAAACGUCACUUAGUUCGUCGGCACUCGACGAUACUGCAUUGGAUAAAAUGAUUGAUGCAAUUUUAGAAAGUGCACGCAAAGAACGACCGUCCAUUGUUCGAAAUUUGGCACCGCGAAAAAUUCAUAUGGCAUUAAUGCAAAUGGGUUCCGAUUCACCCACAUACACACCGGCCGAAGAUCCAGCCAGUGAUUUGAAUAAAUUUUGUGAUAAUUUUCAAAUAUCGCCAGAUAAAUUGAUUGGCGAACGUACAAUCAUUUUAGAAGAACCGAACGCAGUUAACGAACGUGAAGUUCGAACACCCGAACCAACACAAAUCAAACGAAAGAAAGUGGAAAAAGUUGAGUCGAAAAAUGGAAAGAAGGCAAUUAAUAGUUGUUAUUUGAAACGACAACGAGCGGUACGAAGAAAACAUACAAAAUGUGAUCAACAAAAAGAAAAAUCGGAAGCAAUGAGUGUUGACGGUGAUUUUUCAACGGAACAAAAUGAAUCACCAAAACCAGAAACCGAAACAUCGGAAUUGGUUAGUCCGAAAACACCGUCCGACAGUGAUUUUGUGAUGAGCUCUUUUUUCAAGAAAAGUGUCGAUGAAUUGGCCAACAUGAAUACACCGGUCAUUGAUUCGAGUGAUGUAAAUCUUACGUAUGCACCACAACCGCAUUGUGGCAUCACUUCGAUUGGCUCAAAAAUGUCCAUUGACAGCACACCGUGCAUUAAUACAAACGAUUUACAAGCCAGCUCAACACCUACACACAUUGAAACGGUUAAUGCCAUUCGACGAUGUCUUACCUUCUCCGAUUCAUCGCCCAGUGGCAGUGGAUCUUCUACCACCACCGAUGAUUCAUUGGAAAAACGCAAAUCGACCGCCUCAUCGACAAAUUCAAUCGCAUCCAUAUCGAAUCUAUCGAACUCAAUUCGAACUAAUGGCAUUGUUAGUGGGUCAUUAGAGUUGACCAUUCACAUUGAAAACAACAAAAUUCAUAUUCACGUCAUCCGAUGUCGUGAUUUAUCCCGCUCAAAUGGUGGCCAAGUCAACGCAUAUGUUAAAGUCGCUCUUAUCUCAGACACAACAGACAGUGGAUUUCAGCGAACGGCUGUCCAUUGUAAUUCACAUCGUCCAUAUUUCGAUCAUCGUUUUACAUUUGAUUUAUGUGGCAAUGAAAUGUCUCGAAUUCAAUUGGCUGUUUGGCAUCGGGAUCGUGAAUUCAAACGCAGUGAGUUUUUGGGAUGUUUAUCGGUGCCGGUAAAAUCGGUAGCAUCUGCAUCUGCAUCAUCAUCAAAGGAAAUUAAUGGAUCGUUUAAAUUGCAACCAAAAUCGUGUCUAACGGUCAAUACGCCGCUGAUAGCAAUGGGCGAAAAUUCACAAUCAAGUGUUGACGAGGCGAUCAACAAUGACGAUGGACUUGGCACAACACCACUUACCCUAUCGAAAAAGGCAAUCCAUCAACGUGAUGCGGAUGAGAAUUUAUUUUUAAGAUUUUUAGAACUUGAUCCACCAAUUGAAUCAGCAACACCACAACCACCGCCAACACCACAAACCGGUGAACUACGACGUAAAUCAACAUUAAAAUCCAAAGAGCAUCCGGCUGUAUCGAAAGAACAUCCGGCGGCUGUGCAAUCACACAAUCAAAAUGGUCGAACACCGUUUACGAUAACAAAAAAAUUAACACGAACGGCCGAGAAAGGUUUUGGCUUUUCAAUUGUAUGGACACAUCCACCGCGAAUUGAAAAGGUCGAACAAGGUUUAUCGGCCGAUCGAUGUGGUAUUCUUCCAGGCGAUUAUGUGAUAUUUGUAGACAAACAUAAUGUGGUGACAAUGCCAGAAAUGGAUAUUUUGAAUUUGAUUAAAACACAAGGAAAUACAUUGGUAUUGGAAAUUUUUCGACGAUCAAAUUCAGCACGGCCCACAACAAAUGGCAUCAAUGCACGUGUACCAAGUUUGACAAAUUCAAUGAAUGCCAAUAUGAUGGCAACACAUGCAUCAAGUUUGUUAAAUAACAACGAUGACGUUUCAUCGGAAUUUGCAACGCCAAAACAAUCGACCAGUUCGUUGGCCGCCCGACCAAUGACCGCAUGCUCCAAUAUCUCACUCACACUGGAAUCAACGAAACGACGGUUACAACUGCCUCAGGUCACGUUUAGCAAAGAGUCAAUGGUGGCCAGCAGUAUUGAAGAUGCGCCCCGAAGGUAUUUAUACCAAUUGAUGAAUCGUGAGCAACAUUUUGUGACCGCACUACAGUACGGUAUGCAACGAUUUGUGAGCCCGUUACUAGAGCGCCGUGACUUAAUAUCACAGACUGAUCAUCGAACCCUAUUCCAAAAUAUCGAAGAGAUUUUACGCCUUUCUGAAGAUAUCCUUGAACAAUUACUCCCCGACGAACAUGAGCCACAAUUAAUGUUCGCAUCCCGCGUCUAUCUAUCAAAAUCGACUGCUUUCUGUGCAGCCUAUAAAAAGUAUUGCAACGGCCUAAAACGUGCUGAUUGUGUUUUAGUAAAUAAGUCGCGUCAAUCGAAUUCGGAGUUUGUAACAUUUAUCACAGUGCCACAAGUGCCGCGUAAACGGCCCGAUAUGACGACAUUGAUACAUCGUCCGUUGCAACAUUUUCGUGAAGUGCUCAAAUUAAUCAUUUUACUGGCAUCACAUUGUCGUUCUAACUCGGAGGAAUGCAAGAAUUUCACGCAUGUUAUAAGCGCUCUUCAAACAUCCUAUCGAGAAAUCACAGUGAACGAAGGCAUUAUGGAACCACUCGGCGAAGGACGACCAUUACUCACAUUACAAGAUUUAGAAGCUCGUCUCGUUUUCACCAAAUGCAAACCCUUUGUGCUAGCCAUUCCGGGUAGACAGUGGAUUUUUGGUGGCGAUUUAUCAAGAGUCGAAGGACGUUCAGUGAAACCAUAUUGGACGUUGCUCUUCAGCGAUAUUCUUUUAUUUGCCAAAGUUAGUCGGGAUCGUGUACUUUUCAUCACAGAAGAACCAAUCCCAUUGGCUAAUAUCAUCGAUUCGUGCUUUAAUAUUCGCAAGAAACAUACCGAAUUUCGUAUAACGAUUGAUCCGAAUGGUCGUGCAGCUGAAAGCCCUACAGUACAUUGUACGCCCGAUCUCAGCCGAACACCGAGAAAAGGUGCUCGAAAGCAAAUAAUUUUGCGUGCACCUUCGCAGGAACUGAAGGCUGUUUGGCAAAACUUAAUACAACGACAAGUAUUUUUAGUGAACGCAACAUUGGGAUCAACAUUGAGUAGUCCACUCGAAUCACCCGAUAUAUUGCAACGAUUUUUGCCUGUUAAUGAAAUUGAACCGGCGACCACGUCAAUGGCAUCCAUCAAAUUAUCAGCGGAUAGUAUAAAUACAAAAUCUCAACAGUCACAAGCCACUACGUCGAGACAGUUUGAUGAGUUGGUCGAUGAGAAAUGUCGGCUGCUUAAUAAAAACGGAACAUCACAUGGUAGCGCAUUGCAUCUCGCACAAUGGAUGAAGGGGCAAUUUGAUGAAUCGAUUAAAAAAUUGACCGAAGAAAAUUCGUUGAAUGAUAUUAUGACCGAAGAUGAAAAUGAAGAGCUUAUCGAAGAAUGGAGUCAAGAACAAUUGCGCAAACGUUCCCAAGAGCUUCAGUUGAUGGACGAAAAUGGUAAGUGUAUUAUGCCACUUUUGGAUAAUAUUCGACGCGGUUCCGAAACGGUAGAUCGAAACCGUUUGACCGCCGACGAUGGCAUGGCUGGUGAAUUUGAUGAUGGCAGCAAAAGUGCAUCGACGACAUCAGAUAGUCAGACCACCGUUCGUUCGAGUCCGGUUACAAAAAAAAUCGAUAAAUUAUCGGUGUGUCGUCAUUGUCACAAGAAUUGUAAGCAAAAAUCGCAAAAAACGAGCUCGUUAAAGGUGCAACAUAGUCAAUCGUCAUCGAGCCGAUGUUGUGCCAGCACAAGUAGUCAAGGUAGUGAAAAAUCCGCAUCAAGUCGCACAAGUAAUCAUUCAAACGGCAAUGCAAACGACCUCAAAUUAUCACUGAUAAAGAAUAAAUCUUGUGAAGGAAGUCCGGCCAGUCAAAAAACGGUAACCACAUCCACAUGUAGCAAUAGCAAUGCAUUGAACAAUAACAUUUUGUGUAAAUGCAAAUGCACAACAGCUGAUUUUGAAAAUACAAUUCGAAUACCGUAUGAAGUUCGGAAAGAAACGUGCAAGAUUUUGAACAGCGUCAACGAAAUACAGACCAUUUCACACACUGCCAAUUGGCAACAUGCAAAUUGUAAUUGUGAUAAUGUUCAAACAAUUCGCGAGAGUAAAAUCAGUAAUCUUAAUGAAAAUGAGUACAUCAAGUCGACAAGUGAAAUAUCAAAUGUUGAUGAUUGGUCAUCGAAGCUGAUCGGUUCGUCACAAUUUCGUGCCAUUCCAAAUGUGAUGCGAGACAAAAAUGAUCCAUUUAAAGCAGUGCCUCAAAUAUCAGUCGUCCCACCCACACCAGAUGGUAUUACAAGCGCAACAAUGCGUCGAUCACAUUGGGAACAAAUAUCUAGCGAACAAUCGGCAGAAGAUUCACCACAAGAUGAACUACCCUAUCGUGCAUUGAAUACAACACUCAAACGAUACGGAACAAUGUCUAGUUUAGAAAAAUUGCCCUCGGAAGAGGCAGACGAUAAAACCUAUAAUUCAUCGGGCACCGAAACAAAUGACGACGACGAUGACAUUCGCAUAGUAACUAAAGAGAUCUACGAUGGAAAUACACGAAAUUGGACAAAUCGUGCCGGAAGCUUUUUGGAACAAUCGAGAGCGUUCCUUGAUAGUUAUUUGGGUCGAUGGGAUCGUAGCAAUCAAACCACAAUUCAUGAUGAUGAAAGAGACGAUUCGGUGCCAGAAAAUGGUGAAGAGUGUACAUCGGGAGCUACAUCAGGGGAGGAAGUGUGGGGAACACCGACGAGCGGCGAAAAUGAUGAAAUUCAAAUGUUCAAUUCCGAUCAAACGUCGCCAACAAAAUCUUCAUCGUCUUUAACUGGCGAUGAUGACACUGAACUCAUGAUGGAUGAACUGUUAAUGGCACCGCCAAUGACGGCAAGCACAAUUCGGGGACUUUUGCCACGACGAAGAUUAGAGCCGUUAUUUGAAGAAGAUACGGAAAGUAGCAGCGAAAGUGAUGAGAACGAAAAUGAUGAGCGGAUGGUGCGAGAUUUCAGUAGUUCCGAUCAGGGGCAAGCAGCACAGAAAACCUCUAUUCAAAAUGGUCCAGAUGUGGAAAACGGCGUCGUCGUCAAAAUCAACAGCAUCGCUCCAUUAAAAAGUACGUGCAUCGAAAGCAUUUUGGCAAAACCACCAGUAAAAGAUCACUAUAUCGUGGAACCAUUGAGAAGGGAAAUCGAUUGUGGCGGCAUUGCUGACGAUGGCUCUUUCCCUGCACAACCACAACCACAACCACAACGAACCCCGAAAGAUGCGGUCAAAGAAAAACAAAUAAAAUUUGCCGACAUUAUCGAUCGUGCCGACGAAUCGUACAAUGCACAAACAACAGUGGCGAUCGGCAACAAGAGCAUUGGCAUCGAAACUACAACGGUCACCACAACAGUUUAUCAGACAGCGAUCCGUUUGAGUCCACGUCUCGAAAUGCGUUUAGCCUUAAAUCACGAUAUUUUGGGCGACGAAGAUUUGAUAAGUUUCGAACCUGGGCCAGCAAACCUGGAAUCAAUUCUCGGACGCGACCUGUCAUCAUACCAUCGCUUUACUGGCAAAGAACUGAUCAAUCGCACACCGAUCAAUCAUCAUCGUAUUGCGCCAAAGGAAGCAAACAUCUCAUUUUGCACACAGAAAAACUCAAAAAUGGACACACCAACACCAAAUCGCCGAAAAUCAAAUCUAAAUACUUGGAACAAUUCUGCAUGUGCGGCUGCGGCAAUCGAAAAAAAGCUGAGCGACCUGGAACGAUUGGCGAGAGCGGAAAAGAAAAUUCAGCUGAAGACCUCUCCAGCGGAACAUCUGUAUAUAAAUCAUGGACAAACGGCGAUAGCGGAACAGAAUACCAACAAAAAUGAAACCAAAUCACGUGGAUUUUUUGGUUUUUUCAAGCGUCGUAAUUCUGACACGCACAAUACACCAAAUGGUAAAUUAGUAACAGGUGUCAUUUCAUCGCAAAAAGAUGCUGCUAGUCGCUAGUUUCGCAUUCGAAUAGCUUUGAAUUUGUCAUUUAAUGAAAUCGCAACCACCUACCCACAAAUGUCAAAGUCUAUUGUUCCUUCAUCAUUCUAGGAUAAAUCACUGGCACUGGACCGACGUUUCUGGAAGCAGCUCAGCAAACGACGUCGAUCAUUUUCAUUAUCCGAAGCUUCGUCAUAAUGAAUUCAUAUACAAUUAUAUUAUUGAGCCUAUCAAAAUAAGCUUUUCAUUUUGUACAUUUAGAUCAAUGUAAGAUUGCCAGCGAGUUUUGCAACAGUCCAGCCUUUGAAACAAAAAUCUUUCAAUUUUUUUUUAAGAUCGAGAUUUUAAUGAAAUAUUUAUAUAGUCACAUUCGUUUGUUAGGUAAGAUAAUAAGUCCAGUUUAGAGACUAGAUUGGAUAAAACUUGCACACCAAGAAAGAUUUUCUUCACAAAGUAUGUCAAGUAACUCAUGAGGAGAUUUUGAAAUAAGCAACAGUGUUGAAUACAACUACAAUGCCUUUUGGCGUGUGGUCUGCUUUCGAAACGAAUCAGAGUUGAGCCUAUUGAUGAAGAUAAGCAAAUACGGUAUGGCCUGAUGACCGAAUGUAAUGAAAUUGUUCACUUAGAUUGAGGAUAUUGCAAAUCAACGAAAAGAAGUUGGAAUUCGGUUCAAGAACCACAAAUAGCAAAAUUGGUAAAAUAUUUUUGGAUAGGACUGAUGGUAUUAUUUGAAUUCCGGAUUUUUAAGGAUAUUUCAAAAUGUGUCGAACAUUUUGUUUUCAUAAUAAAAUGUAUGGAUUUUUCCGUAAAAGGAAUUGAAUGAAUUAAUUUAGAUUCAGUCAAUAACCGUCUUCAACGUGUAAAAAAAUAUGCACAACUGUCCAAUAAUGAUACAUUUUCGUCCUCUACGAAUAUAAAAAUCCAUUAAAUGUUUAUUACUUAAAUUUCGUGCUUCAAAUUGUCAGUCGUCAAACAGGUAAUUUGCAAUAUAAUUCAACGUAACUGACCGAACCGGUUGUCUUUAUAGUUGGUUAUGGAAUUUGAGCAUAUAGAAAAUAGUGAAUGCAAGUGAAAUAUUUGAAUAUAAUAGUCAAUUGUAAUUGGAUCCGAUGCACAAUAAGAUCGCCUAAAGCACCAAAAUCUAAACAAAUAAUACUAGUCAUAAACGUACUUGUACAGUAGCAAAAGUGAAGCAAUAUAAUAUUAUCUCGCCACCAGAAUAGAAAUCAACACUCAUUAAUUCGAGCCUUUUUCAAUCACAAUUAAAUUUACAAAGACCACAUUUGAUAUGAAGCCAACGAUAAUAGCGAAUUGACAUCCGUUAUACGAAGUGUUGCUCGGGAAACAUGAGCACUGGUCUAUUUUAGAAUAGAAAAUUUGUAGAAUGUAAGUGUAGUGAACUGAAAAACCCCACGAACAUAAUUAACUUUUUUUGUAGCAACAAUUUAACGUCGUAUUAUUAAAAUUCCGUGUAACUAAAUAUAGAGUACUCCCGUGUGAUUGGGAGUAUAAAAUCCAUUUGCGAUUUCGAUUUUAUAGAAGCAAAAUGAUUGAAAAGAAUCAUAUAGAAUUCCAACGAUUUCUGCAAAUUACUGUCAAAAUUAUAGAUCGAUACUUAUAGGAUAGAUUCUAAACACCGAUGACUUGAAUCUACCAUCCAAUUAGGAAACUCAAUAAGAAUACCAGCUAUAGUAUGGAUUUAUACAUGUAAAUUACAAGAAUUUAUGCCAAUAUUCAGCUUUUUUGCAAUGCAUUUUCGAUCCGGUAAUAGCUGCUAGAAAAAACAAAUUUUAUUGAAUUAGCUUAGUCAACACCUAAAAAUCCAAAGAUAGAUUUUCCAGUGUACUUUCUUGAAAAUUAGAUGAUGUUUUUUUUGUUGUAGUAGAAAGAAUAUUUCAAUUUUACAAGUUACAAGGCGAUAUAGAGAUAGUCAAAAGAUAUUUUUAUUAGAAUUUUUCAUCCACAAUUCAGAACGAAAAGACGUAUUCCAAGCCGUAUAAGAUUCAAACUUAGAUUCAAACACUUUUUCUCAAACGCCAUUUUUUGCAAUAUUUUAUCAAAACUUUCAUUGAAUCAAGAAGCUUAUUGCCAUUUAAAAUUUAAACGUCCAAUUAUGACACAAUGAAUCGAUAUGGAUGACCGAAAUAGUUACUUUUUCAACUCAAAGAUUCGUUCCUAUUCAUGACUGAAAUUCAGCCGGACUCCGGUCGAAUAUUGUGACAGUCCCGGUCAAAACUUCGAAUUAUGUUUCCAAUUCAAUGAAAAUUGGUGAAAAUAAUUAAAGUUAAAAUACCUUUCGCACACUAGAUGUGCGGAAAUGUAAUAGUUCGAUUGAAAAACGAUUUGUGGUUGAAGAUUUCUCACUAAAAAAAAAAAACAAUUUCUAAAAGAAGGAAUCAACCCAUAAAUUCAAGUCAAUAUAACUUCUACACACAAGUGUGUGAUUCACUUUGUUGUCAAUUUUCAAUGUGCCGGAAUAAAAUCUGAUUGUUGUGGCAAAAGAAAUCCUUUCUCAAUUAGCAUUUAAAAAAAAUUGCAUUUUAUUGAAACUCUUAAACGAUUUUGCCUUAUUAGUUAACUAAUAGCAUGUAAUUUUAUGAAGACAAUUGUAUGCGACCUAAAUAAAUAAAUUCACUUGGAAUAUUGUACAUUUUAAUCGAUUGAACCUUGGAUUGAACGAUUCAUUUUGAAAAUCU